AUUGAAAAGAUGAACUGGUGUAGAUUGAUGGAUUAUUACACGUAUGACAUGGUUUGGGUAAACCCAGGUUCUUUAAGAUACAAUCAACACACCUGGUGUAAUAAACAUAAAUAACAAGCAAACAGUAAAUUACAAGUCAGACAACUCAAUGCUGAAGUCUCCUGAUAGUUUUUAUCUCCAAAAAGUCCUGUUCCUGUUACAAAGAUCCAGACAAGCUGAUGUGAGUCAGCUGAGUAAGUAUAGACUGACUGCUGCCCCAGUGGGCCUGAUGAAGAUGCAGUGUUCUCAGCUUUAGACUUACAUUUAAACAUAUAAGAGCUUCCAUGUCUUAUCUGAACACUACAAAAUCCAACGAGAGUCUGAAUUUCUUUAAAUUCGUUACUUGAUAGCAAAUAUUGUCAUUUGAGAUUGCACAGCACCACAGAAGGCCUUAAAGAUAAUACAUCAUACCAUGCAAACAAAUGUUUGAUUUUAUGUUUCCCUUUGCAUGAACAAAGACCAAUCCAUAUGAAAGUGUAGAAAAGGGAUCAGCGCAGGAAAGGUAACACAUCCAAACAGCAAGGAUAAGAAUCAUUGGCCCAAAUGUGGCCCAUGAUAUCUUUGGCUCACAUUUGGCUGUGACUCGUGGGAUUAAAUCAGGUGUUGCUUCCUAAAUUCAAUCACAUCCACCAGAACUGGCCCAAAUCUGCAUGUUUGUGGGGUGGAGGGUGGGUCCUUUUUAGCUAGGCUUGGCCUAAUUGUCAAAACCAGAAAUGAGGGAAAAGUAGCCCAGAUGUGUCUGCAAUCUGUUCCCACACCCCAUUUUCGGUGAUAAUACCAGGUAUAAUCGUAUGUAAAUAAAUAGCAUAGAUUCUGAUUCAUGUUUUCUGUGAACAUCCCCCACACAGUCCCAUCAUCACGCGUCCAGCAGCCUGAUUUCUGAGAAAAGUGAAUGACACCAAGAUGAGCGUUUAUUAAAAUGCAGCAGAUUGCAGCGCAGCAGCAGAGAGCGGAUUAUUGCAUGUGUCAUCUUUUUAAUGACUUGCUGUCUGAAUCAGGACCGCUGCAAAGCAUGCAGGGAUAUGUGCCUGCCCCCCUCCCCUCUCUUCUGUCUCUCUUUUUCUCCGUGGGAGUGGUCUCCUCCAGGUCACGUGGUCCGGGCCUUUGUUGAUGUGAUUCAGUGGAGAACGGUAGGACAAAAAAAAAAAAAAAAAAAGUCCUGGUCCGACCCACCGACUGUUUCGCUCCAGCUUCCGCGGCGCACACUCGCUCCGCUUCGGCCUGGAUGCUGCUGAAAGCCCCUUGGGACAUUCACCUGGAUCUUCCCUCCGCUGCGCUUCGCGGUCGCUUCUCCCCGCCGGUUUGAGAGCGAGGCAGCGGGGCUGGGGGAUGGAGGCUCGGUCCGGGCUGUGAGCACACUGUUUUCAGUGGGUGGCGGAGGUGUGGGGGGUCGGUGUGUGUUUGAAGCCCCAGGCCCUGCGUCGCUUUUGUUAUCCUGGUCUGCAGUUUGCAACUCUUCUCCCGGCUUUCUCGUCGUUUUUUCAGCCUCUUUCACCAUGAAGCUUUUAUCCUGAGAGCGGACAGGAGUUGUAAGGAAACACAUGGGCAAAAGAAGGAUCUAAGGAUUUUUUUCUUUCUUUUUUUUUUGGCUGCAACAUUUCAUUCUGUCAGUGUUUUUAUAUUUAGGCUGUUUUUUUAAUAGUUUUUUUAAAGAGUCCCGGAAAACAGUAUUUUUAUUGCUGUUUUCCUCCGUCUCCGUUUUGUUACCUGUUUCCUUAUAUCUCUGUCCCUAAAUCUCACCCCCUUCACCUCUAUUCCUCUCCAUCUAUCCAUUUAUCCCCCAUCUGUCCCUGCCUCCCACCAUAAUGGCUUCUGUGUGCCGGUCCUUCUGGUUCUCCUCCCUCUUGGUCCUUCUGCUUCUCCCCGCCGUCCGGAGCUCGUUCCCCCGCGGCGGAGGCAGCAGCAGCGCGGACUGCGGUCCCGGGAAGGCCGCGAAUUGCCCAGACCUGUCAGAGAAGAAGAGCGACCUGCGUGUUUGUGACGCCGGGACGUGUCGUUUUGGAGGAACCUGCCGUGAAAACGGAGCCGACAUCAAGUGUGUCUGUCAGUUCCAUUGCAACAAGAAGUAUGUCCCCGUGUGCGGCUCCAAUGGAGACACGUACCAGAACGAGUGUUUCCUGCGGAGAGCCGCCUGCAAGAAACAGAGAGCCAUCAGUGUCAUGUCGGAGGGACCUUGUUACCAUGAUGCUGGCUCGGGGUCUGGAGAUGGAGACGACGAAGGCUCCGGUCGCGGGAAAAAGGCCUCGAAAUGUGGAAACUGCAAGUUUGGAGCUGAAUGUGAUGAAGACUCGGAGGAUAUGCUCUGCAUGUGUAACAUCGUGUGCAACGGCCACAACGACAACCCGGUGUGCGGUAGCGACGGCGUCACCUACGACACGCCCUGCCAUGUCCGGGAGGCGUCCUGCCUCAAACAGCUCAAGAUCGACAUCAAGCAUGUAGGCCGUUGCCAAGAUAAAAGCAGGAAGGAUGACGGCACCAGGUCCAAACCAGACAUCUAUGCUGUGCCCAAGCCUGGUGAGGGGGAGGAGUUUGUAGACAACCCCGCCCCCUGCUCUGAGGACUACGCCCAGUUCUGUGAACACGGCCAGUGUGAAAUGAGACACAACCGGCCCACCUGCAGGUGUGAUGCAGCGUACGGUGGACCUCACUGUGACCAGCUGCUGGAUUUCAACAUCCUCUAUGUGGUGCCCAGUGGUCAGAAGCUACACUACGUCCUCAUCGCCGCCAUCAUUGGAGCCGUUCAGAUCGCUGUCAUUGUUGCCGUGGUGAUGUGCUUCACCAGGCGAUGCAACAAGACGAAACGUGGCCGCAGACAGAAGCAGCAUCUCGGCCACUUCCCGUCAGGAACCUCCUCCAGGAUGAUGUAGCUGCUCACUUCUUUCCUCUUCAUCUUUUUAUAAAAAGUCAACAAGUCCAGUUUUCGUACCACACAGACAGUUUUAUAUCGACUUUUUGGUGCCUCUUUAUUUCCCCCUUUGUUUUUUUAACCUAAUUUGUAAGUUCAGAAGGGGCCUUAUUUUUCAGAUUUCCCUCCACGUUUGAUUCUUUUGCAUUGUUUGCGGACGGUACCGUCCGGUUUGCAUUUGCCGAGCUGCUGCCGUCCUCUCAGACUGGGAACACUGUGGAUCCUCCGACAGGAAGCAGAGAUAUUAGUUAUCUGAUUGUAUCAUCAUGCUGGACCAUCCACAACCUGUGGGACGCACAUUUAUACUAUUUUUCGGCAUUUUUUUGCAUUAUUCCUAAAUAAUAUUUGUUUUGUUCACAUGGCCUGUGUUUAAGAAUGAACUCUGACAGCAAAAUCUGAAAUUUAAUACUUAUUUUAGACUUUUACCACCAAAAUCAUGAGGUCUAAAAGUUAAUUGCCAGCUUAGUGAAAUUAGAUGCAAUUGAUCUGAAUUUUAACAUGAUUGAUAUAAUUUGAUGAGCCAGAAUUAGUCUUUAGGUUUAAUUGCAUAGAAGACACUUUAAUAUUUAGCCGCUGCAGCAGCAGCACUGCUGGUUUUAUUAUCGCUUUGUAAACAUUGCAAGUCCUUCAGCAGGGGUUUACAUGCAAGUUGCAGUUAGACUUUGUUCUGAUCAAUUUGCUGUUGGGUGUUGGACUGAUGUUAGCUUUGUAAGAUGGUGUUUUUAACAUGUGCAACAUAUGUCUGAAAUUUGGAAUCUUAAAGAAAAUGGAAAAAAAUGCUCCAGUUUCAUGAAAUUCAAACAUUGUAAAAAUGUAUAUGGAUGGAUAUCAGAGUCAAAUGUUGUAAAGCCCCUUUCAGACACCACUCUCCAAGAAUCUGAUGCCAACUGAUUGAGUCAACAUGGAUUUCCAAAUCCAUAUAAAUGCAAUUCUGCUGCAGUUACAUUAACACACACUCAGAUUAGUGGUGUGUCUUUUCCCGGCAGAUAACAGCUACACUCGUUACUGAGUGCUAUGAACUCUCUAAAGCAGGGAUCAGCAACUCUGGUCCUUGAAGGGCUGCUGGCCUGCAGGUUUUAAGCCGCGUUUCCACCGACUGGUCCGGGUCGAUGCAGUUUGGUUUGGUAAAUCCUGAUCUCUGUGGCAUUUCCACAGCCUAAAAUACCUUUACCUAGUACGCAGCAUAACGGUUGGAUAGUGACAGAUGCGUCAGCUACGUAAUAGUCUGAUGUGAUAGCAGUGUGACGCCUUCCUUGAAUUAUAACAAAAGAAAGCAACACACAAAGGAGGAGAAUGGUGGACAUCCAGCAGUUUGUGUUCUUUCUUCUUGUUUUCUGGCUUUUAAACAACAAAAAGUCCACUGUAUGUGUUGCCACUUUGUUCUUAGUGCCAUGUCACACAGGAAGUGAUGACUUUUUCCACCAAUCAACGGAUUGCAGUGUGUCAAGCUCCGCCCUUUUGAGUUGGAUUGGUAAGAUCUGGAUUCCAACAGAAGGGUUCCAAAAAGUGGGAAGGUUCGAGUCGAAUAUUCUGGUUUCCUUCCCAGUUUUUGCCUGUGAAAACGCGAAACGUGUACCAACCAGUACUAUACCAAACCAGACCCUUUGGUGGAAACGAGGCUUUAGAUGUUUCCCUGCUGCAACACAGACUCAAAUAUGAUGGAGCUCCAACAACUUGUCCAAUUCUGCACAAGCCUGUUAUGACCCGUCCGUUUGAGUCAGGUGUGAUGCAGCAGAAACAUGGAAAAACAGGGAAAGUCAGGUGACGUCCUCACCCAGCACACGCUGACACGGACGUGAUGACAUGGAUUUUUAUGGAAAUACAUCAUUUUUUAAAGAAACUUCCCCUCACCGUCAUAUGCAUGUCUAAAUGCUGUCAUCUUACUACAUUGGUCAGGAUGUUAAUGUUACAUAUGUCCAGUCUAAAAGGGGCUCAGUCAUAUGAUUGAAUUGGAAAUGUUAAAAUUUUCUUCCAUAUCGAAGACAAUUAAUUUCUAAUCUGGCUUUUUACCAGACAAACCAUUAAGAUUCAACGUGUAGGUUGUUCCCAUUAAGCUCUGCAACUCACGUUUGGCUCAACUUUUCUUUACUUUGUCACAAACGUGUUAUAACGCCUUAAAUCUCCAGGGGGCGCUCUGCACUGGGGCUACAGGAUUAUCAGGGACCACUGAAGCCCUCAAGGUUGUCUUUUGUUUUGCGGUGUCUCACAGGGACAGAAAUCACUUUUCAUGUCAACAUUAUUUUAUCUGUUUUGUGUUUGUCAUGAGAUGCACCUGAGAACCAAAAUGCUGUUUUUUCUACUUAUGAAAUAAUGAGGUACAAGCUGACGUGUACAGGUUAUUAUAAUUAUUUUAUUGUUAAUUUUCAGAUGACGCCAUUCCGGAAAUGGAUUUCUUUUUUUUUCUGUGUGUGUGUGUGCGUGCGUGUUUGAACAAGUCGAGAAUAAUUUAAAUGACUUGGCUGAGUUUUUUUUAAUGUAAUUUGUAACAAUGGUACAAAGUCGUCCAUGUUGAUUGUUCAUUUGUGGUAGAAGGCGUAGAUCGAUAAGCUGGGCCAAGGUUCCUUCAUGUGCCGCUGCACUGAGAUCAGAUGGCUUUGACUUUUCAGCACGACAAACCGAGAUGGUCGUGACCUGCGCUGAUCUCGGUCAGGCGAAGCCUGCAGGAAUCCAGCCUGAUUUUACUGUAGAUGUUGCGUACUGCAUGAACCAGUGAAGUUGAUGUUUAGACUGUGUUGUAGCUAAACUAGAAUUAAAUUAUGAUGUUUGAA